GAAAAUCGGCACAGGCCGCCGCAUGCGAUUCGCAUUAGCUAGCAUCCCUGCGCAGUUUUACUGGCUGGUGGUCUCCCCAGUGGUCCGACAAGUAUAUUAAAAUACAGUAACAGUUCUCCCAAGACCGUUACAAUAUUUAAGGACUGAAAAUGCCCAAGAAAGCUAAGGAAGUGGAACUGUGGGAAGGAGAUGAAGUUGAAACGACAGAAAAAGAAAAAACAGUCAAGAAAGGAAAGAAAGACAAGAAGGGGAAAAAGAGCUUUUUUGAGGAGCUGACAUCAGAUACUAAACCAGAACAAGAGGAUGAACCUGUCAAAGAAAGUCAUUCAAAACAACCUCAGAAGAAAAAGAAGGACAGGCGAAAAGGUAAAGGAGGAAAUGCAGAUGAGGACGACGAAGAUGUUAUGGAGAAGCUGAAAAAGCUGUCGGUACAAGCCAGUGAUGAGGAUGAAGAGGAGGUUGUGGUUCCUAGCAAAGGCGCAAAGAGAAAUAAGGGAGGCAACAUAUUUGCUGCCCUUAGUCAAGGACAAAGUGACGACGACAACGAUGAUGAGGAUGCAGGAGAUGACAAUGAUGAAGAGGAAGAAAAACCAUCAAAAAAGAAAGAAUCUGUGGAAGUGCCAAAGGGCAAGAAAAAAGAUAAGCCUAAGUCGAAGAAGAACAAGGAUGCAUCCGAGGACGAGCAGGAGGACAGUGAGAAAAAAGAUGACGAGAAGAAGGCCAUGAGGAAGAACAAGAAGGCAGUAGCCAAAACAUCUAAGUCUCCAGAAGUUGAUGAGGAGGAUGAAGCGGAAACGUCACAGAAGAAAGGCAAGAAAGAACAGCCCAUGAAAGGCAAGCCAAGUCAAGCCAAGUCAAGUAAAGAUGACAAUGAAGAGGAGGAGCAGGAUGAAGAUAACAGUGAUGGGGACGACACACUGAUGAGUGCAGAAGAUGCCCUGAGAGAACAGCUGGAGAAAGAAAGGGGUGAGGACCCCUACGCUAACAUGAGCAAAAAGGAGAAGAAGAAGAAGAAGAAAAUGAUGGAGUAUGAGAGGCAGGUGGCCAGUGUGCGCGCUCAGAAUGCUUCAGAGGGAGACUUCUCAGUCUCAGUGGCAGAGAUGUCUUCCAGGCAAGCCAUGUUAGAGAACGCUUCUGACAUCAAGCUGGAAAGAUUCAGUAUAUCGGCUCAUGGAAAGGAGCUCUUUGUAAACGCUGACCUUCUGAUUGUUGCCGGAAGGCGGUAUGGUUUAGUUGGACCAAAUGGAAAAGGAAAGACCACACUUUUGAAGCACAUUGCCAAUAGAGCCCUCAGCAUCCCACCUAAUAUUGAUGUACUUCUUUGUGAACAAGAGGUGAUCGCUGACGACACCCCGGCUGUACAGGCCGUGCUGAAGGCAGACACGCGGCGACUCAAACUUCUGGAGGAGGAGAGACAACUGCAGAAUCUGUUAGAAAAAGGAGAUGACAGCGUCUCUGAAAGGCUUGAGAAGGUCUACGAGGAGUUGAGGGCCAUCGGAGCUGCCGCCGCUGAGGCCAAGGCUCGCCGGAUCUUGGCUGGUCUGGGCUUCACGUCCGAGAUGCAGAACCGACCCACCAAGAAGUUCUCCGGAGGCUGGAGGAUGAGAGUCUCCCUGGCCAGGGCUCUCUUCAUGGAACCAACGUUGCUGAUGCUGGACGAGCCCACCAAUCAUCUGGAUCUGAACGCUGUCAUCUGGCUAAAUAAUUAUCUCCAAGGCUGGAAGAAGACUCUUCUUAUUGUUUCCCACGACCAGAGUUUCUUGGAUGAAGUCUGUACAGAUAUUAUUCACUUAGACUACCAGAAGCUCUAUUACUACAGAGGAAACUACUUGACCUUCAAGAAGAUGUAUGUCCAGAAACAGAAGGAGCUUCUGAAACAGUAUGAGAAACAGGAGAAGAAACUCAAAGACCUAAAAGCUGGAGGGAAGUCCACUAAACAGGCUGAGAAGCAGACUAAAGAGGCUCUGACAAGGAAGCAGCAGAAGGGCAAGAAGAAGGGCCUGGAGGAGGAGAGUCACGAGGCCCCAGAGCUGCUCAAGAAGCCCAGGGAGUACACGGUCAAGUUCACCUUCCCCAACCCACCACCCCUCUCGCCACCCAUCCUCGGCCUGCACGGUGUUGACUUCACCUAUUCUGGCCAGAAGCCGCUAUUUAAGAAUGUGGACUUUGGUAUUGAUAUGGAGUCCAGAAUUUGCAUAGUUGGACCUAAUGGAGUAGGAAAGAGUACGUUGCUGCUGCUCUUGACUGGAAAAUUGACUCCUACGAAAGGAGAGAUGAGAAAGAACCACCGUUUGAAAGUGGGCUUCUUUAACCAGCAGUAUGCUGAUCAGCUGAACAUGGACGAGGCAGCCACAGAGUACCUCCAGAGGAACUUUAACCUGCCCUAUCAGGACAGCAGGAAAUGCCUGGGCCGCUUCGGCCUGGAGAGCCAUGCGCACACCAUCCAGAUCUCCAAACUGUCUGGAGGUCAAAAAGCGAGAGUGGUGUUUGCUGAGCUGGCAUGCAGACAACCUGAUGUCCUGAUCCUGGAUGAGCCCACAAAUAACUUGGAUAUUGAAUCAAUUGAUGCCUUGUCUGAUGCUAUCAAUGAAUACAAAGGAGCUGUGAUCAUUGUGAGCCACGACGCCCGUCUGAUCACGGAGACCCAGUGUACGAUGUGGGUGGUGGAGGACCAGUCGGUCAACCAGAUUGACGGCGACUUUGACGAAUACAAGCGCGAGGUGCUUGAGGCCCUGGGAGAGACACUUGUACACCAACCCAAAGUCUGAUCCUAGAACUGAAGACCCAAGACUGCAAAAACAACAGCAAAAAAUAAAGCCCUUCAAUAAAAACUCUGGCCAUACAACUGACUAUGUGCUAGUGUGCACUUGAAUGCUUUGCAAUUGAAAUAUCCAAGGUUCUCUUGAUGUGUAUUCUGGCUUUGAAGAUGACCCGAGUUAUAGUCGGAGUCAAGUAUGGUUGAGAGAACCAAAAAGCCAGGCCAGGAAAAAGUGUGCAACUUAACCAAAAACAGGCUGAACAGAUAUGUUUUGUGACUAAAGAUGUAGUUAAAUUACUUAAGCUGUUAAGAGAGUGGAGUGUGUAAUGUACCAUAGCACACUCCUCAGUUUACCUCCAUGAUGAGCUGUCUGAAUUCACCAGUGUUUAACACAUAGAAUAAUUGUACAUGAGUGUUCAGUGGGGAAUUGAGACCUCAGGGGACAUUGGCCAAAUCAUGUGUUUGAAGUCGGUCUUAAAAGAUUAGAUUCACAAGUAGUUACAUACAUUGGUCAGCCUUGGAUAUGGAUAUUAAUACAUAGCUCUAAUGAACAUCAACCACACCCUGUGAUGUGGGUGUGUUGCAAAAUAUUCAAUAUUGUUAAAGGAAAUAAAAUGGAUUUUGCAUCA